UUGAUCCAAUUAGAAUAGGAAACUUCAAAAUAUCUGAUGAGUACGCUUCCGAACCAGGAUCUUGGGAUUAUGAUUAUUAUUCAGUUAUGCAUUACAAAUACACUGAUUACUCCAGAGACGGUAAAUUGGCAAGUUUACUACCAAUCGAUACAAAAGUUCGACCUGAAGAUCUUGGAAGUUCAACUUUUUUAACAAAGCAAGACAUCAGCAAAAUAAAUACACUUUACCGCUGCGAGACGAAUUCCUGUCCACAGCCAAAUCUCAAUGCUCAUGUGAUAAUAAAAAGUUCAACAGAUUUUAACAUUGGAUCUAAGGUCACCUAUUCCUGUGACGCAUCUGGGUUCAGUCUAGUUGGUAGCUCGACACAAAUAUGUUUAUCCACUGGUUCAUGGUCAGGUCAACGACCGCGAUGUGUACCGGUCGUAUCUCAUUACUGUGACUUUGAAAGUACAGAUUGUGGUUGGAUAGCAGCAUCUGGUGAUGUUGAUUGGGAAAUUUCCUCUGGAAGAAAACAUUACAGAACAGGAACGGGGCCAUUAACAGACUUGACACUUGGAACUCUUGAUGGGCACUUCUUACGAUUAGAUACACAAAAUUUAGACACUGGACUGAAAGCUAUCAUAGCCACUCCAAACCUACCUUUGUCAUCCAGUGGAGUCACCUUUUGCCUAGACUUUGGUUAUUACAUGUGGGGCUUAGUGGUAGGAUCACUUCGAGUCAAUCUGGUAACGCAAACAGGAUCAACACAGCUAUUCUCUAAGUCGGGUGCUUCUGGACCUAAAUGGCUUGAGAAGCGUAUUCCUUUCACUCCUGAUGGUUCAUUCAAAUUGGAAUUCGUGGCAACCAUUGGGUCCGAAUUAGGUGAUAUCGCUAUCGAUGAUGUUUCCAUUGAACCCUGUUCAUCAGCCGAUUGAUAAUUGAACCGAAAGCGAUAUUUGGUAAAAUGAAAAAUUCAUCUGAUUCAUUUGAUUGACAACUGGCUAAUUAACCCAUCAAAAAAUCAUUAAAUCUUUGCACAGUCUUUAUUCACAAAAAAUUACUGAUUUAACUAAUAACGCAAAUUAUUACUAAACAAAUGAUGUCCAAAAACAAUUGACAGUUUAUAUCGAUUAACACUAAAACAAUUUCAAAGUGCAAUUCGACCAAGUUUUUCUAAACAUUUAACUCAAGUCCAAACAAGUCUUCAAAGUUGAAAAAAUGAUUCAUAAAAAUACUCUUGAUUAA